AUGCGGGACCUCCCAGCAGAAGUGUUUAUGGACAUCUUCGCACGCCUCUCACCCAAGGACUUGGUGCGAUCCACUUGCGUUUCUAAAGAAGGGAAGGCUACCAUCGAAGAUCCACAGUUGGCCAAAUCGCAUCUCCAACGCUCCAUCAAAACCAAAUCCCAUCCUACCAUUUUAAUUAUCUCACCUAACCCGAUCGUCAACUGUUUUUCACUCAACUUUUCCGACACCGAUACGACGUACGGUAAACGUUUGAUAAUCGAGCAGCCUUGGCAACAUCCUCCUCGGUUAACUUGUGACAAAAUCUUCGGCUACUUUAAUGGUCUGGUUUGCAUGCACGACGGUGCAGGCUUUGGUUUAUGGAACCCUUCCAUCCAAAAGUUCAAGAGGAUCCACUCGUCGCCAUUUAGUAUGUUCCGGUUUGCAAAGAUCCAUGGUGGCUUCGGGUAUGAUUCGGUCAAUGUUGACUAUAAAUUGGUUAGUUUCGUGCACUUGAAUACGUUCUGCGCAGUGCACUCAUAUAGCCUAAAAUCUGGUGCAUGGAAAUCAAUUCAAGACUUGCCUCUCAAGGGUCUUGUAUUUGACUCACAGGGUGUGUUUUUACAGCGUGCUUUACAUUGGUUGACGCUUCAAGAAACAGAUGGUGAACGGAUGUUAAAUAUUCUAACCUUCGAUCUUGCAAGCGAGGAGUUUUGCAAGUUUCCUCUACCCGUCCAUAUAUUUCCUGCUCCCAUAUCUGAUCAGGUUCACAAUUGCAAGCCUUUAUUGCUUUCAAGUUGUGGUAAAAUGGUACUUUUGGAAGAGAACUACAGCCGUCUUGUUUGGUACGAUCUACAUAAUGGGACGCGCAAAAUGUUUCAAAGUCCUAUGGCUCAAUCUUUUUCCACAAUUAUUUGUGAGGAGAGCAUUCAUCUUCUUGGAAGUUAG